GAUGGGCCAAUACUUAAAGACCAAGUAGCUACAGGAUGACAACAUGGCUGCUCCCCUUAUGGCACCACCAGGACCUGACAGCUUUAAAUAUUUUACCGCGGAAACAUUGGCUAACAUCGAGCUCCGGAUCAACGAGGAGAAGAACAAACCGCCGCCCAAACAGGACAGCAGUCACCGUGACGACGACGACGACAACAAACCCAAGCCCAAUGGCGACCUGGAGGCUGGGCGGAAUCUGCCCUUCAUCUAUGGUGACAUCCCUCCUGGAAUGGUGGCUACACCACUGGAGGACCUGGACCCUUUCUACCAGGCUCAGAAAACAUUCAUAGUGCUAAACAGAGGGAAGACAAUCUUCCGCUUUAGUGCCAACCCUGCCUUGUACAUCAUAAGUCCUUUAAAUCUUUUCAGGCGAAUAGCUAUUAAAAUUUUGAUACAUUCUCUUUUCAGCAUGAUCAUUAUGUGUACUAUUUUGACCAACUGUAUAUUCAUGACCUUUAGUGAACCUCCUGAGUGGUCCAAGCAAGUAGAGUACACAUUCACAGGGAUUUAUACAUUUGAAUGUCUUGUAAAAGUCGUCGCUCGAGGAUUCUGUAUAGAUGGGUUUACAUUCCUAAGGGAUCCCUGGAACUGGCUGGAUUUCAUGGUCAUUUCUAUGGCAUAUAUAACAGAGUUUGUGGACCUGGGCAAUGUCUCUGCGUUGAGAACAUUCAGAGUUCUCCGAGCAUUGAAAACUAUCUCUGUCAUACCAGGCCUGAAGACCAUUGUCGGUGCUCUAAUACAAUCGGUGAAGAAAUUGUCAGAUGUUAUGAUCCUCACGGUAUUCUGUCUCGGUGUCUUCGCUCUGAUUGGACUACAGCUCUUCAUGGGCAACCUACGACAAAAAUGCGUGAUUUGGCCAAUCAACUCCACCGAGAACUUCUUGGCCAACGGCAGCAUAGGCUUCGACUGGAAUGAAUACAUCAAUAACGACAAAAAUUUCUACUUCCUGCCUAGACAAUUGGAUGCCCUUUUAUGUGGCAACAGUUCAGAUUCUGGCCGCUGCCCUGAAGGCUUCACAUGCAUGAAAGCUGGCAGGAAUCCAAAUUACGGUUACACCAGCUUUGACAGCUUUGGAUGGGCUUUCCUGGCUCUCUUCAGACUCAUGACACAGGACUUCUGGGAGAACCUCUACAUGCUGACCCUGCGGGCAGCAGGGAAGACCUACAUGAUCUUUUUUGUGUUGGUGAUCUUCGUGGGGUCCUUCUACCUGGUCAAUCUGAUCCUGGCUGUGGUGGCCAUGGCCUAUGAGGAGCAGAACCAGGCCACCAUGGAGGAGGCUGAGCAGAAAGAGGCGGAGUUCAAAGCCAUGCUGGAGCAGAUCAAGAACCAGCAGGAGGCUGCACAGGUCAGUAUCCCAGCCGCACAGGACGUAGGGGAUGAUGACGGCGGGGGGACCCUGUCCUGUAGCUCGUCAGAGAUGUCCAAGCUCAGCUCCAAGAGCGCCAAGGAGCGGCGCAACCGCAAGAAGAAGUGGCGCCAGAAAGAGCAGUCACAGAGGGAGGAGAAGGGGGACUGCGAGAAGUUUGUCAAGUCCGAGUCGGACGACGGCAGUAAGAAGAGCCGCUUCCGUUUCCCUGACAACCGGCUGGGCCGCAAGUCUUCCAUCAUGAACCAGUCCCUUCUCAGUAUCCCCGGCUCACCGUUUCUGUCGAGGCACAACAGCAAGAGCAGCAUCUUCAGUUUCAAGGGCGUGGGCUCGGAGAACGAGUUCGCCGACGACGAGCACAGCAUGGUGGAGGAGUGCGAGGAGAGGCGGGGCCCCCGGUUCAGCCCGUACCGGCGGUGCAGCUACACGAGCUACCACCACGGUGGUGGGAAGAGGAACUCCGCGGUGGACUGCAACGGCGUGGUGUCUCUGAUCAGUCCGGGGACCGGCGGACGCCUUUUGCCUGAGCCCACUACUGAGGUUGAGGUGAAGAAGAAGCUGUCUGGUUCCCUGAUGGUGUCUAUGGACCAGCUCAAUACCUCCUUCGGAAGGAAAGAGCGGACCAACAGUGUCAUGAGCGUCAUCACCAACACACUAGCGGAGGAACUGGAGGAGUCUCAGCGUAGUUGUCCACCGUGGUGGUAUAAGUUCUCCAACAUGGUCCUCAUCUGGGAGUGUUGUCCCAUCUGGUUGAAGAUCAAGGAGAUCGUCAACCUGAUCGUCAUGGACCCCUUCGUGGACCUGGCCAUCACUGUCUGCAUCGUCCUCAACACCCUGUUCAUGGCCAUGGAGCACUAUCCCAUGACCCCGCACUUUGAGGAGGUGCUGUUCGUGGGAAACUUGGUGUUCACAGGGAUCUUUGCUGUGGAGAUGUUUGCCAAGUUGGUUGCCAUGGAUCCCUACUACUACUUCCAGGAGGGGUGGAACUGCUUCGAUGGCUUCAUUGUGACUCUGUCCUUAGUGGAGCUGGCAUUGGCUGACGUGGAGGGGCUGUCCGUGCUCAGAUCAUUCCGAUUGCUGAGAGUGUUUAAACUGGCCAAGUCAUGGCCCACACUCAACAUGCUGAUUAAGAUUAUCGGUAACUCUGUGGGCGCCCUGGGAAACCUGACCCUCGUUUUAGCUCUCAUCGUCUUCAUAUUUGCCGUGGUCGGCAUGCAGCUGUUCGGCAAGAACUACAAGGACUGUGUGUGUAAGAUCGCCCUGGACUGUGAGCUGCCCCGCUGGCACAUGCACGACUUCUUCCACUCGUUCCUGAUGGUGUUCCGGGUGCUGUGCGGGGAGUGGAUCGAGACCAUGUGGGACUGUAUGGAGGUGGCUGGCCAGGGCAUGUGUCUCAUCGUCUUCAUGAUGGUCAUGGUCAUCGGGAACUUGGUGGUGUUGAACCUUUUCCUUGCCUUGCUGCUGUCCUCGUUCAGCGCAGACAAUUUAGCCGCAACAGAUGACGACGGAGAAAUGAACAACCUUCAGAUCUCCGUCAUCCGCAUCAAGAAGGGCAUCGCCUGGUUCAAGAUCAAGCUGGCAGAGUUGGUGCUCAGCUUGACCAAGAAGCCGCCGGUGGAGGAUGAACAGAAAACCGUAGACGACAUGUACGACAAGAAACUGAACUGUAUCGCCAACCAGAGUGGUGUGGAUAUCAACCGUGAACUGGACUACACCAAGAAUGGUAACGGCACGACUAGUGGUAUGGGAAGCAGCUUCGGGAGGUACUUGAUCGACGAGGACCACAUGUCGUUCAUCCACAACCCUAACCUGACCGUGUGCGUUCCUAUCGCGGUCGGAGAGUCUGACUUCGAAAAUCUCAACACCGACGAAUUCAGCAGCGAGUCGGAGAACGAGAACAGCAAAGAUGUGAGUGAACAGAUUUACUCAUCAGAGGGCAGCACCAUAGACAUCAAGCCUGAUGUGGAGGUGGAGGCGGUGGUGGUGGAGGCUGAAGAAGUGUACUUAGACCCAGAAAACUGUUGGACACCUGAGUGUAUUAUCAAGUAUCCUUGCUGCGAUGUGCCCAUCACUCACGGGUGGGGAAAAUAUUGGUGGUUCCUGAGAAAGACAUGCUAUCUUAUUGUGGAGCAUAACUGGUUCGAAACCGUCAUUAUCUUUAUGAUCCUACUCAGUAGUGGGGCCCUGGCUUUUGAGGAUGUGUACAUUCAGCAGAGGAAGACUAUCAGGACCAUCUUGGAAUACGCCGACAGUGUGUUCACCUACAUCUUCAUCCUGGAGAUGCUGCUCAAGUGGGUCGCUUACGGAUUCCACAAGUACUUCACCAACGCCUGGUGCUGGCUUGACUUCUUCAUCGUCGAUGUGUCUAUAAUCAGUCUGGUAGCUAAUGCACUGGGCUACUCGGAUCUAGGUCCUAUUAAAUCACUAAGGACACUAAGGGCCUUGAGACCCCUCAGAGCCUUGUCACGUUUUGAAGGGAUGAGGGUUGUAGUCAACGCCCUGGUGGGAGCCAUCCCCUCCAUUAUGAAUGUGUUGCUGGUUUGCCUCAUCUUUUGGCUGAUUUUCAGUAUCAUGGGAGUCAACUUGUUUGCGGGCAAGUAUUACUACUGUUUCAACCAGACAGCAGAGGAGAACUUUGAGGCCAGAGAGGUCAACAACAAGACACAGUGCCUGGCCCUCAUUGAACAGAACUUCACUGAGGUCAGGUGGAAGAAUGUCAAGAUCAACUUUGACAAUGUUGGCGCCGGAUACCUGGCUCUGCUUCAAGUGGCAACAUUCAAAGGCUGGAUGGACAUCAUGUACGCAGCCAUAGACUCCAGAAGGGUGGAGGACCAGCCCAUCUAUGAAGACAACAUCUACAUGUAUAUCUACUUCGUCAUCUUCAUCAUCUUUGGAUCCUUCUUCACCCUCAACCUCUUCAUCGGUGUCAUCAUUGACAACUUCAACCAACAGAAGAAAAAGUUUGGAGGUCAGGACAUCUUCAUGACAGAGGAACAGAAGAAGUACUACAACGCCAUGAAGAAACUGGGUUCAAAGAAGCCCCAGAAACCCAUUCCCAGACCACAGAACAAGAUCCAAGGGUUGGUGUUUGACUUUGUGACCCAGCAAGUCUUCGACAUCUCCAUUAUGAUGUUGAUCUGCCUCAACAUGGUCACCAUGAUGGUGGAGACAGACGACCAGUCGGACGAGACGCAGAACAUCCUCUAUUGGGUCAACUUCAUCUUCAUCGUGGCAUUCACCACCGAGUUCGUCCUGAAACUCUUCGCCCUGCGCCACUACUACUUCACCAAUGGCUGGAACGUGUUCGACACGGUCGUCGUCGUCCUGUCCAUCGCGGGCAUGUUCCUGGCUGACAUCAUUGAGAAGUACUUCGUAUCGCCGACCCUCUUCAGGGUCAUCCGAUUGGCUCGAAUCGGCCGCAUCCUGCGUCUGAUCAAAGGGGCCAAGGGCAUACGGACUUUACUCUUCGCCUUGAUGAUGUCACUUCCUGCCCUGUUCAACAUCGGCCUCCUGCUCUUCCUGGUGAUGUUCAUCUUCAGCAUCUUCGGAAUGUCCAACUUCGGCUACGUCAAACACGGGGCCGGGAUAGACGACAUGUAUAACUUUGAGACCUUCGGGAACAGCAUGAUCUGCUUAUUCAUGAUCACCACGUCUGCAGGCUGGGAUGGUCUCUUGCUCCCCAUCCUCAACUACCCUCCUGACUGCGACUCAACCAUGGAGAACCCAGGUGCACCGUCUACAGGCAACUGCGGCAACCCCUCAGUUGGCAUAUUUUUCUUUGUGAUGUAUAUCAUUAUUUCCUUCCUUGUCGUAGUCAACAUGUACAUCGCCAUCAUCUUAGAGAAUUUCAGUGUAGCAACAGAAGAGAGCGCCGACCCGCUCAGUGAAGACGACUUUGAGACGUUCUAUGAAAUCUGGGAGAAAUUUGACCCCGCCGCUUCCCAGUUCAUCACCUUCGCAAAGCUGGGUGACUUCGCAGACACCCUGGAGCACCCUCUCCGCAUUCCCAAACCCAACACCAUCGAGCUGAUCGCCAUGGACAUGCCCAUGGUCAGCGGCGACCGCAUCCACUGCCUGGACAUCCUGUUUGCCUUCACCAAGCGUGUUCUGGGCGACAGUGGCGAGCUGGACAUGCUACGCACGCAGAUGGAGGAGCGCUUCGUGCAGGCCAACCCCUCCAAGGUGUCGUACGAGCCCAUCACCACGACACUGCGCCGGCGCCAGGAGGACAUAUCCGCACGUUGCAUCCAGAAAGCCUACCGCGCUCACCUCCUCAAACGGGGCUUCAUCUGCAAGUGCAGGCCCAAGACCAAGCUGGAGAAUGGUGGGACCAACAACGAGGAAAAGAAAGAGAGCACACUCUCCACCGCCUCUCUUCCCUCGUACGACAGCGUGACCAAACCUGACAAGGAGAAACAGGAAGAGAACGAGGGAGAGAGGAGAGAGAAGGACAGAAAUCAAAAAGAUGAGCGGGAAUCUAAAUUUUAGUCAGGGUUCAGUGACUGUCAUUAUUACAAUACUACACACAGCCAGAAGGGACUCUGAGCCCAAUAAAUAGACAAAUGUAGAAAAAAUAUAAUUUGCAAGUUUAAAAAAAGGUACGAAAACUACACUUUUUUUUUACAGAUUUCAAUUUAACACAAAAUGAAGGAUCGAGAUUCGGCGUUGGAUAGUUAGGGUCAGUUGAAGCAAAACACAGAUGGCGAUGUACAUGUUGCCCACGAUAAGAAUUUAGUUAGGCCACCAUUAUUAUCACUAAAGGAUUUUACUGCCUGAUGAUAAAUGUCUUCUUUAUUUCUUGGAAAUAAUGUGAGGAAGAACAACGAUAAUAUAAAUAAUAUAAAUAAUAACUCCAUAAUAGUGUACCCGCCAUUGGCAUUCUAUAUAUUAAAAUAUAUGUUCAGGAUCAUCGAAAAGAAGGGAGAAACCUCUGCAAACAAGAUGGAGGGAGAUUUAUUGGCGCAAAAGAGUCUCUGACUGCCAGUACCCUGGGUGGACGAGCCCCUGCAGCGAAAUGUCCACCACUAUGGGAGCACCUCAGGAGAGGAACGGGACGGAACCUAUGUUACAGAACCUUCUAGAACUGUUCUACUACGCAGUCUGACAUGGUCUCAGUAACAUCCACUUCCUGCACUGUCGUUCUUAUCAAGUUUUAAAUACGAAGAAUGAACGUUUAGAGAAAGAAAGAAAACAGAACAGUUUGUGCUGAAAAUACUUUUAUCUUUACAUUAUUUGAGCAGCAAAAAAACCGAGAACAAAUAACAUUUAGCCCAUGUCACACUGGUCACUUUUCAUCUUCUCUCGCUUAGUUAUACUAACAUUAUGAAAAAUACAUUUCAUACAUGGGCUUUCAUACUGUCACACUGGGUAGGGGGCACAAGUCAGUGUUUAGACUUGGGCUGAAGAAGGGUGGGGACUCGCUCUGACCGACUGAGUCUCAGAUAAAUUAUUGUGCUUGUUCAAUGCAUAGAUAUGACUUGCAUGAAGGCAUGUUUUCAUCAGGAAUCAUGCAUGAUGUAAUCAUAGUCCACGAGACACUAAUGGCUCGACCAUAGGUUUGAGGCAGUCCACUGGACAAAUGUUUAUGAGAAAUAGAACUGGAACAUGAUUGAUAUAUAUAUGACACAUAUGUCUAUAUAUACAAUAUUGACGGAAUCAAGUGGUGUGACCUACCGUUCACUAUAAUGUUGCUUUUCAACUGCCAGACCGAUCUUUUUAUGACGCCCAUUUGGGAUUUUACUGGAGUAAGUAGUUACACCCUCAGAGGCAAACCUCUAUUCUGGCACAUUUAUGAAAAACACAAAGUAGAAUUUUGAUUAGAUUUUAUUCUGAGAGGGACAAGCAUAGUUUUUGCUGAGUUCUAUCAGGAAUAUAUCUUCAGAAUAAGAAUGAGGAUGCACAGAUUUCAAAGACACUUUUCAGACCGUUCUAAAGAAACCUAAUCGGGGUCUUAUUAAGAGACCCUGGUUUUUACAUCAAAUGUUUACUACCUUUACCUUUGUUGCUACGGUUACCACCCUUACCUGUGGUCUCCAACCAACUCCCUCUUGUUGUUGUGGCAGUACGAACAGGCAAUGUUUGAUGCCAUAUCCUGUAUAUCCAUAUCCUGUAUAUCCAUAUCCUGUAUAUCCAUAUCCUGUAUAUCCAUAUCCUGUAUAUCCAUAACCUGUAUAUCCAUAUCCUUCACAGAUCAAUGUCAGUUAAAAUUCUAUAAUUCUCCUCCAAUGCUUUGUCUGUCUGCGUACAGGGAAGAGUGAGACAUGUAUCAGUGGUACUGUAGGGGAGGAUGAUGGGAGAUGUUGAAACAGCUGAUAUACUGAUGCUUCCAUAGAUCCUUUCUUCUGGUUUUUAUUUGAUUCACUUCUGUCCUCUGUCACUCCAUCAGUUCCCGGUUAGACUAUCGUUCACUGUGGCCCAGUGGCACGUCGAUAGACACUUUGAGUUUCCAGCUCUGAUGUAUGUAGAUGUCCUGUCACUCCAUCAGUUCCCAGUUAGACUAUCGUUCACUGUGGCCCAGUGGCACGUCGAUAGACACUUUGAGUUUCCAGCUCUGAUGUAUGUAGAUGUCCUCUGUCACUCCAUCAGUUCCCGGUUAGACUAUCGUUCACUGUGGCCCAGUGGCACGUCGAUAGACACUUUGAGUUUCCAGCUCUGAUGUAUGUAGAUGUCCUGUCACUCCAUCAGUUCCCAGUUAGACUAUCGUUCACUGUGGCCCAGUGGCACGUCGAUAGACACUUUGAGUUUCCAGCUCUGAUGUAUGUAGAUGUCCUCUGUCACUCCAUCAGUUCCCGGUUAGACUAUCGUUCACUGUGGCCCAGUGGCACGUCGAUAGACACUUUGAGUUUCCAGCUCUGAUGUAUGUAGAUGUCCUGUCACUCCAUCAGUUCCCGGUUAGACUAUCGUUCACUGUGGCCCAGUGGCACGUCGAUAGACACUUUGAGUUUCCAGCUCUGAUGUAUGUAGAUGUCCUCUGUCACUCCAUCAGUUCCCGGUUAGACUAUCGUUCACUGUGGCCCAGUGGUACGUCGAUAGACACUUUGAGUUUCCAGCUCUGAUGUAUGUAGAUGUCCUCUGUCACUCCAUCAGUUCCCGGUUAGACUAUCGUUCACUGUGGCCCAGUGGCACGUCGAUAGACACUUUGAGUUUCCAGCUCUGAUGUAUGUAGAUGUCCUCUGAUGCAAUGCAAUCCUUCUCAGAAGAAAGUUUGAAUUUCAAGCAGUGAGAAUGUAUGUGGCAUAGUAGUUCGUAUCCCAGAGAAAAAUCUGCCGAUUUUGCUCCUGUAAGUCGCUCUGGAUAAAACCGUCUGCUAAAUGACUAAAAUGUAAAUGUAAAAUGUAGUUCAUCUAUAAAGCAGCAUAGACACAUACAAGUGACAUAGAAGUACAAGUGUACAUAGAGGAGACCAUGGAGGGUACAUAGAGGAGACCAUGGAGGGUACAUAGAGGGAACCAUGGAGGGUACAUAGAGGAGACCAUGGAGGGUACAUAGAGGGAACCAUGGAGGGUACAUAGAGGAGACCAUGGAGGGUACAUAGAGGGAACCAUGGAGGGUACAUAGAGGGAACCAUGGAGGGUACAUAGAGGGGACCAUGGAGGGUACAUAGAGGGAACCAUGGAGGGUACAUAGAGGGAACCAUGGAGGGUACAUAGAGGGGACCAUGGAGGGUACAUAGAGGGGACCAUGGAGGGUACAUAGAGGGAACCAUGGAGGGUACAUAGAGGGACCCAUGGAGGGUACAUAGAGGGAACCAUGGAGGGUACAUAGAGGGAACCAUGGAGGGUACAUAGAGGGAACCAUGGAGGGUACAUAGAGGGGACCGUGGAUGGUACAUAGAGGGGACCAUGGAGGGUACAUAGAUGGGACCAUGGAGGGUACAUAGAGGGGACCAUGGAGGGUACAUAGAGGGGACCAUGGAGGGUACAUAGAGCAGCAGGACAUGCCCAGCCACUGCUGGCAUGAUAUACAUGAUGUUUAUGAUGGCAUGAUGUUUAUGCCUUCAGCAGGAGUGAGCUGAAAGUCCCAUGUUUGUCAGUAUAUCAUUGCGCUUUGUGGGACCUCUUCAACACUGUGUAUAGUGUGUGGAUGUUGGACCCAGGCUUGCAUCAUGUCAUGUGCUAGCAGGCUAUUAUUUGAUUGGUCACCUAGCUGUCUGUUUGAUAAAUGAAGAAUCUUCCUGGGGAUGUAAGGUCAAAGUGACGUGACCCGUCCAACCGCCGUCUCCCAAAGAUCUUCUCUGUCUCUGCAGAAUCAAAUUCAAUUAGACUUUUAUCAGAGAGGCCUCGUAUGAUCAACUCGUAUCAAGUCAUGAUUCAUGAUUCACAGUAGAAUCGUGCCUUUAAGAAAACGUGAGGCAGCUUUGAAGCUACUCAAAUGAAACGAGAGCGAGCGCUAGGCUAGGCUGGGCCAAAGAGAUGAUUUAGAUCCCUGUGAGUGACAGGCAGGUGAGACAAGUCGAGACAUAACAAUAACAGCUCCUCUAAAAGGUGUUUACAACUUUUUUUUUCCACACAGGAGUGAUGUAAUGGUCGUUCAUCUAUACAAACAAACAAACAAACAAACGGAUGCCUGGUCAGACAACAACAUAGUAUCUAGGGAUGCACCAUUGAAGCCAUUAUGGUGUGUUGAACACUGCCUGUACCCGUACCUGAUAUCCCCAUGUCUGUCUAUUAUUACUAUCUAGAGGUCUGUUUACAAUAUAAAGACAUGUCUACAGAUAAUGUCCGCCUGCUUGACUGCUGCACACUUAAAACCAAAUACAUUCCCGGUUUGAUCGAUCAAUGACGUUACAACCAUAAGAGCAAACUAUGCCAUCCAGUUUCAGCCCGUGCUCAUUUUGGAUGUCAUGUUUUAGAUGAAUGAUGUAUUGAUCAGUGAAUUUACUUGGAGAAAUAAAAUCAAUAAAAAUAAGAAAUAUACAUGUAUGUGCAGUGCGGGCUAUGAUGACACAAUCACUGAAAAAGAAUGAACUUUUUAAAAGAAACUAUAAAUAAUGUACUAUAUUCUUUUAUUUUAUCGGCAUGCUUUGUUGUGUUUUUUGUAAAUACUGAAUUUGAAAGAGCUACCGCUAAUAAUGUAAAAUGAAACAAUAACAGUAUAGAAUGACUUCCAGAUAUGCCCUUUGCCAUAUUUGUUCAUUUUGGGAUUUUUUGUUGACACUUUUCACUUUGUUGACGGAAAUUGAAUGAAAUAUAGAUAUUAUACAAUACACAAAGAAAUAGACAUCUAUACAUAUAUAUGUCUAUAUGUACAGUGCCUUCUGAAAUUAUUCAGACCCCUUGACUUUUUCCACAUAUUGUUACGUUACAGCCUUAUUCUACAAUUGAUUACAUCGUCCCCCCCAUCAGUCUACACAAAAUACCCCAUAAUAAAAAAGUAAAAACAGGUUUUUAGAAAAUGUGGCUAAUUUAUUUAAAAUAAAAACUUAAAUAUCACAUUAACACAAGUCUUCAGACCCUUUACUCAGUAUUUUGUUGAAGCACCUUUGGCAGUGAUUACAGCCUUGAUUAUUUUGGGGUAUGAUGCUACAAGCUUGGCCCACCUGUAUUUGGGGAGUUAUUCCCAUUCUUCUCUGCAGAUCCUGUCAAGCUCUGUCAGGUUGGAUGGGGAGCGUCGCUGCACAGCUAUUUUCAGGUCUCUCCGGAGAUGUUCAAUCCGUUUCAAGUCCGGGCUCUGGCUGGGACACUCAAGGACAUUCAGAGACUUGUCCUGAAGACACUCCUGAGUUUUCUUGGCUGUGUGCUUAGAAUCGUUGUCCUAUUGGAAGGUGAACAUUCACCCCCAGUCUGAGGUCCUGAGCGCUCUGGAGCAGGUUUUCAUCAAGGAUCUCUCUGUACUUUGCUCCACUUAUCUUUCCCUCAAUCCUGACUAGUCUCCCUGUCCCUGUCGCUGCUAAACAUCCCCCCAGCAUGAUGCUUUCACCCCCAAGCUACACCUUAGGGAUGGUGCCAGGUUUUCCCCAGACGUGACUCUUCACAUUCAGGCCAAAGAGUUCAAUCUUGGUUUCAUCAGACCAGAUAAUCUUGUUUCUCAUGGUCUGAGAGUCUUUAGGUGCCUUUUGGCAAACUCCAAGCGGGCUGUUAUGUGCCUUUUACUGAAGAGUGGUUUCCGUCUGGCCACUCUACCAUAAAGGCCUGAUUGGUGGAGUGCUGCAGAGAUGGUUGUCCUUCUGGAAAGUUCUCCCAUCUCCAUAGAGGAACUCUCGAGUUCUUGGUCUUCUCCCUGACCAAGGCCCUUCACCACCGAUUGCUCAGUUUGGCCGGGCAGCCAGCUCUAGGAAGAGUCUUGGUGGUUCCAAACUUCUUCCAUUUAAGAAUGGUGGAGGGCACUUUGUUCUUGGGACCUUCAAUGCUGCAUAGUUUUUUUGGUACCCGUCCCCAGAUCUGUGCCUUGACACAAUCCUGUCUCUCUACGGACAAUUUAUUUGACUUUGUAGCUUGAUUUUUGCUCUGUCAUGCACUGUCAACUGUGGGACCUUAUGUAGACAGGUGUGUGCCUUUCCAAAUCAUGUCCAAUCAAUUUAUUUUACCACAGGUGGACUCCAAUCAAGUUGUAGAAACAUCUCAAGGAUGAUCAAUGGAAACAGGAGGCACCUGAGCUCAACUUCGAGUCUCAUAGCAAAGGGUCUGAAUACUUAUGUAAAUAAGGUAUUUUUUUCAUUUUUUUAUAAAUGUGCAAACAUUUCUAAGAACCUGUUUUCGCUUUGACAUUAUGGGAUAUAUUGUGUGUAGAUUGCAGAUUUUUAAUAUAUUUUUUUAUUAUUAUCCAUUUUAGAAUAAGGCUGUAACGUAACAAAAUGUGGAAAAAGUCAAGGGAUCUGAAUACUUUCCGAAAGCGCUGUAUAUACAUAUUACAAAAUAACACUGUUUGUUUGUCACAUUUGAUUGAUGUGUAACACGUUCAGUCUAAAACUGGUUGGUAUUCAGCACCCUACUGUAUGUGUUGGGAAAUAGCUGAUACAUAGUCACUGGAGUCACUGGUCUGAUAUUACCAUGAUGAUGAGAGGUUUAUGCUACCAGCACAUUUCCCACUGUUUUCUGCAAACUUGUCAAACUUUUUUCAACUGCAAUCAAUAAACAAACACACACAUACACAUUCACACAGACACACAGCAAUUCAACCUGACUAAUCAGUCAUUUGUCCCAAUUAGAUAGUCCGUUGGGUGUGACUGCCUCUUCCAGUGAAGAUGACGUCUAUCCCAACCAAGACCUAGUGUCUACUCAUACAUCCACAAAGCCUAAAAGACCUAGUAUCUACUCAUACAUCCACAAGGCCUAAAAGACCUAGUAUCUACUCAUACAUCCACAAGGCCUAAAAGACCUAGUGUCUACUCAUACAUCCACAAGGCCUAAAAGACCUAGUGUCUACUCAUACAUCCACAAGGCCUAAAAGACCUAGUAUCUACCCAUACAUCCACAAGGCCUAAAAUACCUAGUAUCUACCCAUACAUCCAAGGCCUAAAAGACCUAGUAUCUUCCCAUACAUCCACAAGCCUAAAAGACCUAGUAUCUAUAGAUACAUCCAAGGCCUAAAAGACCUAGUGUCUACUCAUACAUCCACAAGCCUAAAAGACCUAGUGUCUACUCAUACAUCCACAAGGCCUAAAAUACCUAGUAUCUAUAGAUACAUCCAAGGCCUAAAAGACCUAGUAUCUAUAGAUACAUCCAAGGCCUAAAAGACCUAGUAUCAUCCCAUACAUCCACAAGGCCUAAAAGACCUAGUAUCUACUCAUACAUCCACAAGGCCUAAAAGACCUAGUAUCUACUCAUACAUCCACAAGGCCUAAAAGACCUAGUGUCUACUCAUACAUCCACAAGGCCUAAAAGACCUAGUGUCUACUCAUACAUCCACAAGGCCUAAAAGACCUAGUAUCUACCCAUACAUCCACAAGGCCUAAAAGACCUAGUGUCUACCCAUACAUCCAAGGCCUAAAAGACCUAGUAUCUACCCAUACAUCCACAAGCCUAAAAGACCUAGUAUCUAUAGAUACAUCCAAGGCCUAAAAGACCUAGUGUCUACUCAUACAUCCACAAGGCCUAAAAGACUUAGUAUCUAUAGAUACAUCCAAGGCCUAAAAGACCUAGUAUCUAUAGAUACAUCCAAGGCCUAAAAGACCUAGUAUCUACCCAUAUAUCCAAGGCCUAAAAUACCUAGUAUCUACCCAUACAUCCACAAGGCCUAAAAGACCUAGUAUCUACCCAUACAUCCACAAGGCCUAAAAGACCUAGUGUCUACUCAUACAUCCAAGGCCUAAAAUACCUAGUAUCUACCCAUACAUCCACAAGCCUAAAAGACCUAGUAUCUAUAGAUACAUCCAAGGCCUAAAAGACCUAGUAUCUACCCAUAUAUCCAAGGCCUAAAAUACCUAGUAUCUACCCAUACAUCCACAAGGCCUAAAAGACCUAGUAUCUACCCAUACAUCCACAAGGCCUAAAAGACCUAGUGUCUACCCAUACAUCCAAGGCCUAAAAGACCUAGUAUCUACCCAUACAUCCACAAGCCUAAAAGACCUAGUAUCUAUAGAUACAUCCAAGGCCUAAAAGACCUAGUGUCUACUCAUACAUCCACAAGGCCUAAAAGACUUAGUAUCUAUAGAUACAUCCAAGGCCUAAAAGACCUAGUAUCUAUAGAUACAUCCAAGGCCUAAAAGACCUAGUAUCUACCCAUAUAUCCAAGGCCUAAAAUACCUAGUAUCUACCCAUACAUCCACAAGGCCUAAAAUACCUAGUAUCUACCCAUACAUCCACAAGGCCUAAAAGACCUAGUGUCUACUCAUACAUCCAAGGCCUAAAAUACCUAGUAUCUAUAGAUACAUCCAAGGCCUAAAAGACCUAGUAUCUACUCAUACAUCCACAAGGCCUAAAAUACCUAGUAUCUGCCCAUACAUCCACAAGGCCUAAAAUACCUAGUAUCUACCCAUACAUCCACAAGGCCUAAAAGACCUAGUAUCUACCCAUAUAUCCACAAGGCCUAAAAGACCAGCCACACAGUCUGGUCCAAUCAAUCUCUCUCUAGCCAUAAAUACAGCCACACAGUCUGGUCCAAUCAAUCUCUCUCUAGCCAUAAAUACAGCCACACAGUCUGGUCCAAUCAAUCUCUCUCUAGCCAUAAAUACAGCCACACAGUCUGGUCCAAUCAAUCUCUCUCUAGCCAUAAAUACAGCCACACAGUCUGGUCCAAUCAAUCUCUCUCUAGCCAUAAAUACAGCCACACAGUCUGGUAGGCCUAACUACCCAUCAUCCAUCCAUACAGCCACACCAUAUCAAUGCAAUUACAGUUCAACACUUCAAUGUCUGAUACUCUGUGCUUCAAACAUCUCUCACCUUUACUUUGAACUGUUUGUUUCUAAUCUAGUGUUAUAACUCCACUCAUUGGCAUGUGCACGUUUCAGCUUUUUCAGUGUUUUAUUUGGAAGAUGAUGAUACCACACUUAAAUGUUCAAAACUGUGGAAGGAGGGAAUGGGGUGGGGUGUGUGGUGUGCGUGGGGGGGAAGGGGGUUAAUUUGAAAAGAAUGAAGGACAACGUAUAUCAGGGACUCGAGGCUACCAAACAGCAUUCUUUGUCCAUUCGAUACGAUGAGAGGGGUCAGAACUAAUACUGCCGGGGAUCAGAUUAUCUUAACAACUAUUAACAAAUACCUGCCCUCUUCUCUUCAUCCUCUAGAUAGACUUUUGAUGUUACCUUACAAAACAGAAGUCCAACUCAAAACAGCAAUCCAACUCAAAACAGCAAUCCAACUCAAAACAGCAAUCCAACUCAAAACAGCAAUCCAACUCAAAACAGCAAUUCAACUCAAAACAGCAAUCCAAAACAAAACAGCAAUCCAACUCAAAACAGCAAUCCAAAACAAAACAGCAAUCCAACUCAAAACAGCAGUUUCUUGUGUUCAUGUGUGUUACUUUGUGAAAAAGCAGCUUGCCUUCUAUAUCUCUGUUCUUUCCAUCUGAAAUUUAUUUUUGUAUCAAUAUUAAAUUAAUGAAAUUAAUGGGGACUCUUUUUUUUGCAUGGAUUUAUUAUAUACUUUUAAAAAUGUUUUGCAGAAUUUUUUUUUGGGAAAGUGCUUUUCAAACUGUCGUUUAUCAUUUGAACGCUGUGAUAUUAAAGCUACAUACAGUAUGGUGUUAGUGAUACACAACCAUUUGGGCUCUUAGUAAGAACUCAUGAAAGAUUGUCUUCAUUUGAACACAAACAUUUGUAUGACCAAUAAAGCAGCCUUCCAGUUUCAA